GCGAGGAGUCAAAGUGCUUCAUGUAUGUUACAUCAACGCUAGUAUUGGCCAACGUCACCGCCCAUCUGGCGCUUCUGAGACGCCAUAGCCCUCAUCAUCCCCUCACACAUCCGCCAUCCGCCCUCGAUGUGACAGCGGCCUGUGACACUGGCCUCUGUCCAUGACGCUUCGUCUGCGGUCUUGGAUGUCUGGGGCGUAACAUGGAGUAAGUAGCAUGUCCCAUUAGCGCUGAUCAACCAGCGUAUCUCCCCAUUUCCUUACUCUCACUGUUGCUCGUCUUCUCUUCUCGUCAACGAACAUGUUUAUGGCCUCAUUUUGACCGGCCUGUGUGCCUUUUUUCCAUUUCUCAGCUGUUAUCGUUCUUCACUUCUCACAUAGCGACUGGUCGCUCUUUCUUUUUUCAUCAUGUCCCUGCCGGCAGGGGGGUUUAUCACGACUCGUGAUGGGAAGCGAUGCACUGCGGUCCCGAAGACGAUCAAGAGCAGUUCGAAAACGAGCACUCAGGCGGCAACGACAACCCAGAGUUCGGACAAUAACAAUAUUAACGACGGCAAUAACAACGCCAAUAACGAUUCCGAUGAUGUGGCCACAACAACGGUGAACCCCGCGGCGAAUGUUGUGCUAGGCUCUCCCACGACAAUUCAAGAUGCUCCGGCGACGACGACAGUGGAUCCACCAGCAACAACAGAAGAUCCAGUCAUCGAGACGCCGAGUGACACUGUGGUUCCGCCCACCACAACGCCAAUAGCGGAGAUAGAUCCAGCGGCAGUUGCAGCUCAAUUUGGCGUCACAUCAUCGACUCCGAUAUCAACCCCGACGCCAACAGAAACGCCAGCGCAAUCAGCUCUGGCGCAAGCAGUACAGCCUGACCCAGAGUCGGUGACGGAUGCUCCAAUUAUCGCAUCUGAUACGGCAACAUCUGACAGUACGACAUCUGAUAUCGCAGUCGUACCAAUUGCAACCACACCGCCUGCGGCAGACUCUGCUGAGAGCGACAUUGCAUUCCCCACCGACCCAGUGGUCCCGUCCUCGACCAACAAUCAACAGCUGAUAGCCGUCAUCCCAACCGUCCUAGCGGAUACGCCCACACCCACCGGUCCCGGUUCAGCCGCCGAGUCCGCAACCCUCGAAAGCUCCAGCCAAACCGGCAAAGUCGCCGUCGGUCACCUAGUCGGCGGCAUCGUCGGCGGCAUCUCCCUCAUCGCCCUCCUCGGCUGCCUCUGGCUCUACUUCAUGCGCCGCCGACGCCGCCGCGACACCCUCACGCCCCUCUGGGUGCAAUCCGAAAAAGGCCCCCCAGUAGCCUACUACGAGAUCGACAACGCAUCCGUCGGCCCCACCUCCCUCGGCUCAAAAUGGAAAGCCAAAGCCACCUCACGCUACCACGGCGUCGUCGGCGGCUUCACGGCGCUCUCCUCAAAGAUGGGUCACAAGCCCAGCCCGAGCGUCAACCUCAACCGCGGGAACUCCCAAUUCCUCGCCCCAUCAUUCUCAACGCACAGCCGCUCAUCCUCCUCCAUCUCUCAUCCCCCUACCGCCCUCACCCGCCGCGAACGCGCGAGGGAUUGGUGGGAUCGCCUCACCGCCGACGCGGUAUUCAACUGGGCGCUUUCUCGCCACACUAAGCCUACCACCGCCGACCCACCAUCGCAUUUCACGCGUUCCCGCUCUGCGUCGCCGUCUUCAAGGCAUCAGUCACAGGAUCUAACACAGUACCUCGCCUCCAAAGACCGCGAGAUGCGCGAUGCUGGCGCCGCUGCAGGUUUGCCUGCUGAUCACCGCCGGUCCAUCUCCCUCCCGCCACCUACACGCUCGCGCGAGGACCUAGGGGAUGGGAGUCUCGGAAUCGAUUUCUCGGACCUAGGGAACCCGUUCUCGGACCCGGCGCCUACAGCUGCUACACGCACACUAGCACCCAACCCCUUCGCCGACCCCUCGCCCGCCGCAGCAGGAGUAUCACGGCCCCAGCCAUCAGUGGGAACGACGUACGUCGCUGAUGUUCGGAGAAGUAGGGGACAGAGCUUCAGCACACCCCGCCGCGCAAGUAUCCGCACCAGCCGCGAGCGCAGCAGAGAUCGAGACACCAUGCUCAGCAGCGCCACGACCAACACGCGUCGCGGCAAGGGGCGGAGCGAUCCCUUCGAUCUCGAGCGUCCGGAACUCCUCCGCGGUGUCAGCGCCGGGACGAGGGGGAGCGUGUUGAGUGAUGUCCAGGAAUUGCCUAGUUCGGCGGGGAGUUCGUUGAAGGGGGGUGUUGCUGGUGGGGGUGGGGGGAUGAUGAUGGGUGCUGUGGGGGAUGGGGGGGAGAAGGUGUUGGGGGUGGGGUUGAGUCAUGAGAGUUGGACGAGUAGGUAUAGUCGCGGGAGUAGUGCGGGGUUUAGUGAUUGGGGGGAUCCUGGGCCGGAUUUGGGACCUAGGGGUGGGUAUGGGGGGGUGGGGACUGCUAUGUGA